AUGUUAUCAUUAUUAUUGAAUAUGACAAAACUUAAGACUGAAGUGCAUUCAUCAUCAUCAUCAUCAUCAUCAUCAUCAUCAUCAUCAUCAUCAUCAUCAUCAUCAUCAUCAUCAUCAUCAUCAUCAUCAUCAUCAUCAUCAUCAUCAUCAUCAUCAUCAUCAUCAUCAUCAUCAUCAUCAUCAUCAUCAUCAUCAUCAUCAUCAUCAUCAUCAUCAUCAUCAUCAUCAUCAUCAUCAUCAUCAUCAUCAUCAUCAUCAUCAUCAUCAUCAUCAUCAUCAUCAUCAUCAUCAUCAUCAUCAUCAUCAUCAUCAUCAUCAUCAUCAUCAUCAUCAUCAUCAUCAUCAUCAUCAUCAUCAUCAUCAUCAUCAUCAUCAUCAUCAUCAUCAUCAUCAUCAUCAUCAUCAUCAUCAUCAUCAUCAUCAUCAUCAUCAUCAUCAUCAUCAUCAUCAUCAUCAUCAUCAUCAUCAUCAUCAUCAUCAUCAUCAUCAUCAUCAUCAUCAUCAUCAUCAUCAUCAUCAUCAUCAUCAUCAUCAUCAUCAUCAUCAUCAUCAUCAUCAUCAUCAUCAUCAUCAUCAUCAUCAUCAUCAUCAUCAUCAUCAUCAUCAUCAUCAUCAUCAUCAUCAUCAUCAUCAUCAUCAUCAUCAUCAUCAUCAUCAUCAUCAUCAUCAUCAUCAUCAUCAUCAUCAUCAUCAUCAUCAUCAUCAUCAUCAUCAUCAUCAUCAUCAUCAUCAUCAUCAUCAUCAUCAUCAUCAUCAUCAUCAUCAUCAUCAUCAUCAUCAUCAUCAUCAUCAUCAUCAUCAUCAUCAUCAUCAUCAUCAUCAUCAUCAUCAUCAUCAUCAUCAUCAUCAUCAUCAUCAUCAUCAUCAUCAUCAUCAUCAUCAUCAUCAUCAUCAUCAUCAUCAUCAUCAUCAUCAUCAUCAUCAUCAUCAUCAUCAUCAUCAUCAUCAUCAUCAUCAUCAUCAUCAUCAUCAUCAUCAUCAUCAUCAUCAUCAUCAUCAUCAUCAUCAUCAUCAUCAUCAUCAUCAUCAUCAUCAUCAUCAUCAUCAUCAUCAUCAUCAUCAUCAUCAUCAUCAUCAUCGUUGUAUAUGCAGUCAGUCAGCGCCCAGACUUAUUAUAGGAAGUGA